AUGGAGGGAAGGGUAGGGAAAUUGAGAAGACUGAAUAUCCCAUCUGAUUACCUCGAGCGAGUCUAUGCCGGCGUCCUUGGCAAAGUCAUCGGGGUGUACAUGGGCCGCCCUUUCGAAGGCUGGACUCACCAACGCAUACUUAAGGAAUUGGGACACGUCCGGUACUUCGUCAAUGAGCGGCUUGGCGUCCCUAUCGUGGUCACAGAUGAUGACGUCUCUGGCACUUUCACCUUCGUCCGCGUGCUCGAAGAACAUCAACCCACGCUGCGUGGGGCCGAAGAUGUUGGUAGGACAUGGCUUAACAAUAUAAUUAAAGACCGCACUGUGUUUUGGUGGGGAGGGAACGGCGUGUCGACCGAGCAUACCGCGUUCUUGAAUCUGAAGAACGGAAUUCGGCCUCCGAUGAGCGGCUCUACAAGGGUGAAUGGAAAGACUAUCGCUGAGCAGAUCGGCGGUCAGAUUUUCAUCGACGGAUUUGCUAUGGCGGCCCCGGGCCAACCGGCGGUUGCUGCGAUACUGGCUGGGUCAGCCGCGUCGGUGAGCCACGAUGGAGAUGCCUUGGCCGCGGCUCGGAUGUGGGCUGCCAUGGAGGCCGAAGCUUUCGUAUCCAAUAACGUGGAACAUCUCCUCGACACUGGUAUGCGGUUCUUAGGUUCAAAUGGCUUGAUACGCACUAUGAUAAAUGAUGUACGCGCGUGGUGCGAAGAAGACAAAGACUGGCUAAAGACACGCCAGCGUAUAGAAGAUUAUUACGGAUACGACAAGUUUCCCGGUAUUUGUCAUGUUAUACCGAACCACGCGAUCAUGAUCAUGACAUUUGUCUACGCUGCGUCGGAUUUCGGCGAGGCGAUGCAUAUCGUGAAUACAUGCGGCUGGGACACGGAUUGCAAUUCAGGGAACGUAGGAUGCUUGAUCGCUAUCAUGAACGGAAUAUCGGCGUUUGACGAUGGUAAAAUCGGCAAGACUAGGGGGGCCGGUGGACUACUUGACUGGCGUGGCCCACUGGCUGAUAGAGUAUUAAUAUCGAGUGCUGAUGGCGGAUACUCGGUCAACAAUGCUGCGAGAAUCGCGUACGAUAUUACGAAUAUGGGUCGGCGACUUGCAGGUGAGCAGGACUUGAUCCCUCCGAAAAAUGGCGCGCAGUUCCAUUUUACUUUGCCCGGAAGUGUUCAGGGGUUCCGGACUGCUACGACGCCGAAAUACGAGACUAAAUAUCGAGCAUUUAUCGAGCAAGGUGUCGACCGUUCGACUGGGUAUAAAGGCCUAUCAAUCAAUUUCUUUGGUUUGGAGGUAGGCGAGGAAGCAUUGGAGGUCAUGACAGAUACUUUUGCGCCACCGGAAGUGCGUCAGAUGGAAUUCUACGAAUUGGCCUGUUCUCCCCUGGUCUACCCCGGGCAGACCCUCAAGACAACGCUAAAGGCCGAUCGAACGAACACAGCGCGUGCCAGCGUGCGCUUGAUACUAAGGGCGUAUGAAUUCACAGAUGAAUUCAAAACCCUUACCAGUGACCCAAUAAUCGUUACGCCGGGCGCCAGCCAGAACCUCGAAUGGGUCAUCCCAGAGAGCCUAGGCUGUCUACCUGUUCAAGCUAUAGGCCUUUCUAUCUCACAUGGUUAUAAUACGAAAGCUGCUCCGUUAACCGGCACAAUAUGGGUGGACUAUAUGUGCUGGACUGGCUCUCCUAAAUUGACACUCCUCCCUGUCGACUCCAAAGUCGGGCCGCGAAGUUUUUACAAGCAAUCCUUCGUCAACGCGACUGAUGUCUUUAACAUGAUGGACGAAAAAUUCAUCAUCGCGCAAGACAGCGGCGAAGGAAUGGUGUGCUAUGGCACUAGAGAAUGGACUGACUACCGUGUUACGUUCAAUAAUUUCGUGAUCACCGGCAACAGGCGCACGCGCAACGGAGUAGUCUUCAGAGUCAACGGGCUGCGUAGAUACUACGGUUUUUUCUUCGUCCAGAUGAACUCCAACAAAAAGGGGGUAGUGCUAGCCAAGACCACGGACGAGAGCACGUUUGUUUUAUCAGGCCAGGAGCUCGAGUGGCAGGUCGACGUGCCGUACACUAUUAAUAUAGCUACGGCGGGACAUAAAAUAUCCGCAAGCAUCGAAAAUGAAAAUAUAGAAUUUAGUUGGUUUGAUGAUAGGUAUCCUGGGGGUGGUAUUGGACUCGUGGUAAAUGACGGGUCAGCGCUUGUAGGAAGCAUUGAGAUCCGAGAUGUGCGGUUAGUCAAACUGUACGAGGGCCGACAGUAA